AUGCUAUCAGCCACUUUCUCCGCAUUUUUCUUCUUUGCCUGCGCGGCAUGUGUUCUCGCCAUACCUACAUGGGAGAACUUCAGCUCUCGGAACUCGAUGGGGGACUUCGUCCCAGGCGCGUCUGUCAUCGAAGCCAAAGGAGGACCCUACGGUCGGACAUUAGCGUUCUACCUAUCCAACACAUCUCCACGAGGUACACCCGGUAACGCCACCCUCGAACAAACCUCCCUCCAAACCGCCCCAAAACUCUUCAUCGACAAAUCUAAACUAUACAUGUACACCAACGACACCUUCAUCCAGCCCGUCAACGUCCUCAAUGUCACCUCCUCAACAUCAUCAUCAUCACAGUCAAACUCAUACGACCCACUGGGCUACAAGCUCACCAUCGGGGACGUCGACAAACCCGAGGGUCUGCCCUCUGCGUGGUCCUGGACGGGGACGGUCUUGAACUACGAGAGCGGGCUGUGGAGGAAUCGGGGGAUUUAUUAUUAUUGUGUGGAUAGGGGAAUUUAUUUGAGCUUCACACGACCUUCGCUUCAUACCGACGCCGCACCAGAAGGCUGCUACGUCAUCACCCUGCACAGCUACUCGCACCUCGCGCUCCUACAAGAGAAGGAAGAAGCCCAAGCACGGUUAGGCAACAAUGGGAAUGGGAAUGGGGAAUCCCAGUCGUCUUGGUGGUAGCAGGAGUAGCCGUUGUUGUAUGAUUUGAGUUUCCUCGACGUUUUUUCUACUAUUUAUCAGGGUUCAUGGCAUUGGGAUAGCGGCAGUCCUGUACUAUACACACACUUCAUUAUCAUACUCAACUCAGACUCAGCC